AUGUACACGGUGUCCUUGCCGCCGACGCGCGACCCGAAGCCGCUCCCGCUCAUGAAGUAUGUGGCGAGCGGUCGGUGGCGCCCCGUGCCAGUCUACGUCGACGCCGAGGCGGCGGAGGCGGCGGGCGGCGUCCGCGUGCGGGCGGCGGUGGAGACGAACCCGCAGCUAAAGACGCCGCUGCAGGACGUGGCGGUGGCCUUGCGCGUGCAGGACGAGGGCGCGCGCUGCUGCGACAAGGCCGUCGAGCCGGCCGGCGGCUGGGACGAGGCAGGGAGCAGCGUCAAGUGGCGGAUCGACGAGCUCGCGAGAGAGAAGCCGGCGUCGUGCUCGGCGCUGGUGGCGGGGGGAGGCGCGCCUGCGCGCGAGGCGUGCUCGCGUGGGGCGAUGCAGGUGCAGUUUGGGUGCGAGGGCGUCACCAUCACCGGCAUCGAGCUCGAGGUGCAGGUUGGCACCACCGGCAGCCCGGUUGCUCCGGCGGAGCCGAGGCUCUAG